GUGGACCUUCGCCCUGCCCACAAGCACCAGCUGCCAGUUCUAAAACCCACACUCACAGUAGAAUGGUCCGGUCAACUACAAUCUUCAGGGUUCACGACGCUCUCCCUCUCGCAGCUAGUGUAGACGACGAAUCAACCGAGAAAGCUUUGACGGAAUACAAGCAGCAAUCAAAGCUUAUAUUCAGACGUCUCAAUGCAAACUCUGAGCCUGCUUGCUCCAUUGAAUCUGGUGCUUACACCCUUCACUACCUCAUAGUCGACAAGGUUAUUUAUAUGUGUAUAUGCGACAACUCCUAUCCGAGAAAGCUGGCCUUUUCAUACCUUGAUGAGCUGUCAAAAGAAUUCCAGCGCAGCUAUGGGGAUAAGAUCGACGGGGCAACUAGACCGUAUGCGUUUAUGGGCUUCGAUACAUUCAUUGGCAAGACAACCAGGCUGUACCGCGAUUCACGCUCCCUUACUCAAGGGGGAGGCCCUGCCGCACCUAAUUCGCGACUUGACCAACUCAAUGAAAACCUCAAGGAUGUGACUCAAAUCAUGACUAAGAAUAUGGAGGAUUUGCUUUGGAGAGGAGACAGCCUUGAUCGGAUGUCACAGCUCUCCACCUCCCUGCGAUCAGAGUCAGCCAAGUACCGCAAAGCGGCCCGAAACAUUAAUCUUGAAGCACUCAUUCGUAAAUGGGCGCCAAUAGGGGGAAUUGCCUUUUUCAUCAUCUUGUUCAUAUGGUGGCGGUUCUUCUGAUCAUUCCUGGCGAAUUAUAACAAUCAAAGCAAUACGAUGCGAGCAGGGAGGCUACUUACAACAUUCCAUGUAAUACAUAGACCAAUGACAUAUCGUGACUUCGC